AUGCAAUCGACAUACUCGAGCAUCUUCUCUGCCAGCCCCGUGUCGCCUGAAGAUUACCUCCAGAACGUCCAGGCAGAGAGUCAUACAUUGUCAGAGAACAUUGAUCGCAUCCAUCAUCUUGAGCGGCGCUUCUUCUCCAACCUCGCUUGCUGUGAGAGCUCGACAUUCUCUCUCCAUGGCCUCGUUGGUCACUAUGAGGACGAGCACAUUGCCUUGGCCGACGUUCGGCCCUCUCCUGUCAAGGCGCUCCAACUGAACCGCAACCCUGGGAUCGCCUACUCUCAACUCGCUCCCUUCUCUCAAUCGCCGUUCAUCGAUGCUGUGCAGUCGGCCUACCUCCCAGGGUUUGGACAAAACUAUGAUACCGAGCUGUUCUCACCGGACUCCGAGUUCGGGCUCGUGUCCUCAACAUCACCCGUCUUCGCGCGAGAGUUCCCCGAAUUCGAUCAAUUCGAAGGCACGCCUCCCCCUUCCUCUCCCACCCCCUCAUCACCGCUCUAUUCUUCCCCGUCUUCCCCGUCGCCAUCCUCUUCUGGGUCAUCAUCCUUCCCAUCGACUGCGUCUAGCUCGGCGCUCUCGUCCCCGGUUUGCCCAUCCGCUCCCAUGCUUCCCGAGGUCGACAUGCCAUUCGCUCUAGCCUCGCUCAUGGGCAACGCUAGCAUUGACAUCCUGCCACACGACCAAGAGGAUGGUUACGUGCCCUCAAUCAUGCGCAAGGAUCGAACGGGCAUGAAAGCGCAGAAUAGGAGUGAGCGCGGCGUGGGAAAGGAGGUCACCGUUACCAAAGGUGGGAAGGGCAAGGCCAAGGGUGCCUUCUCGGCCGAAAAAGCUGCAGCGAAGGCAGCGAGCAAGCAGCGCAGGGAGAAGGCCUACAAGUGCCCGCAUGCCGGCUGCACAAAAUCGUAUCUCAACCCGAACGGUCUCAAGUAUCAUCUGGAGAAGGGAACAUGCUGCUUCGACGCAGUUGAGCCCGAGCCUUCGCCAUCGCCAGUGUCUUCAUCACCGGCGCCGGCGAGCCUCGUGUCUUCCCCAACGUCGGCGCCCCUGUCUUUACCUGCCAUGCAGCCCGUGUCGAUGCAUAUGUACCCGUAUCCAAUCGCCUCGCCUACUCCCAUGGUCCCUGUCUCCUCUCAGCCUCCCUACCUUAGCAACACUCUUCUCUCGUGA